GACUCAAACCCUCUCCACCUCUCGUUGACUCGAUCUCUCCUUCGAAGUCCGAACUAUCCAAGAAUCAAACACAGAAAGUGUUAAUCUGUUCAUUCAAAUCGUGUCUACGGCCGGUUGAUCUUGCUCAUCUAUUGGCAGCUCGUGAUCAGGAAUUACGGACACUUUCUGCUGAGAUGAAUCAACUGCAGACUGAGCUACGGCUUGCUCGUUCUUUGAUAGCUGAGAGGGAUACUGAAAUCCAGCAAGUCCGAACAACCAACAAUCAGUACGUGGAGGAGAAUGAAAGAUUGAGAGCUAUUUUAGGAGAAUGGAGUACCCGAGCAGCAAAGCUUGAACGAGCAUUAGAAGCUGAGCGGAUGUCCAAUCUUGAACUACAAAAGAAGAUCCCAACUCUCAGAAACCAAUCGCAAUCGUCAGCUGAAUCAAGCAAGUAGACGUGGAUAUUUGUAAUUCUCAUUGUAUUCUAUUACUUUUUUA